AUGGCGAAGGUGAAGUUUAUCUUUGCUUUUGUGCUUCUUCUUGUCUUUGCUUUCUCUCAUGCAGUUAACUCUGUUGAGGGAAGGCAUUUAAAGAUUGGAAAGAAGAGUACUGAAACUGCAUCAAGAAAAGUUGGUGGUGAAAAAACCAUGAUGAGCACCUUGCGUGGUGAGCAUGCAAGUAAAACCAUGGCACACGUAUCAAAUGAGUUUCGGUCAGCAACACCUCUUCAUAUCGAAGACAUUGAAGCUGCUGUAGACCCUCCAGUUUCAUUAGACGACGAUUUACCACCACCUCCACCAGGUCAUACAGAAGAAGGCUUCCGACCAACGACCCCUGGUCACAGUCCAGGGAUCGGUCAUUCCGUUCACAACUAG